CAAGUCCGAUUGCAUAAAUUAGUUGGAUAGCUCUUCCUGUUUUGGUUUUAUCUAGUGUGAAAAAAGUGAAGUGAAUGUAGAUGCAGACUGUGAUUGCUAUGCUGCUCACACGUAUCAGUAUUUAGGCUUUUUUUUUUUAAUUGGGAAAAGGACAUGUGAAACUUCACUCCCACUGUUUAAAGGGCAAGUGGAUCACAGUCUCACAGUCAGUCACUCUAUGGACUUUUCUCUGAGGCAGCAACAUACACCACAAGAUUGGACUGAAUAACUUUUUUAUUGGAUUUUUUAAAUCAUUAUUUUUAAAGGAUUUUUUUUUUAUUGUGAAGUUUUUUUAUGUGUGGUUAUGAUAAUGUAAUCUUAACCUGUGAAAUUAGUUUUUUGCUGUGCUGGUGGACCUUCCACUGACUUCAUAGCAUGUAUGAGGAUAGUGUGAAGGUCACCUUUGACCAGGUGCUGGACCAGGUGAGAUGGGUGCUGAAAGAAGCUUCACCUUGGGAGCUUCGCUCCCUGUUUCAGAAGAUGUUGGAGACACAGGUCUUCCCGAAUUACCACUACCUGUCGCUUAGCGAGGAGGCGCACUGCCUGUCGGAAAGUGCCUGUGCCAGCGAGACGGACCAGGAGGACCUGGCACGCAGAAUGGCGCUGCCCAUGUGGCAGAGAUGGGAUACCUGCCAGGGGAUUUUACAGUCCGUGUUUAUCCAGGAAGCAGACUCGGCUUUGGAAUUUACCUCCACGUCCUGUGACACAGGUAACUUUUGGGACUCUUUGACCGCGGAAAUAAUAGAGUCCAACGUGAAAGAGAACUCAGACCUUCUCAAUGAUGAGGAUGUUGAUGGUUUUGAUGAGGAGAGCGCCCUCAUCUCUCUCUUCAGCAAUAGAGAUUUGGAGCAUGUCAACAGUGAUCAAGACUAUGGCACCCAAGGAGACACAGAAGAGCUGGAGUUGACCUUAAUGGAGACAUUCUUUCCAGUUUCAGAAAGCGCAACAGAAAAAGGCGAGGCUAUGCUUCCACCACUACUUGAGCCUCCAGACUAUUUUGACCACUGCAUGGGGCUACAAGAAGUGCAUGAGACAUGUGCAUUAACUGCUUUACCGGCCACCAAAGACUCAGACUCAGAACAGGCCCCGGUCAGCCAGAAGAGUGGAGGCAACAGAACACUGCACAAAAGGUCAAGAUGUCGUAAAUCCCAAUCCAAAGAAUCAGAUGGUGCUUGCCAACCAAAAAGGCCCAAGAGAACCAAAGCCACACAAAAGGUCAAAGAAAUCCCGGCAGAUAAUUUGAGAGACAAUUCUGAGUACUUUCAGUCAGUCAGACAAGUGGUCGCCUUGUCCAGUCCUCAACGGUUUGUUCCGAUCAGUCCGACUGCUGCCAUAGUUCCCAUCACCAGCAUUGCUAACUUUAACACGGCCACUCUGCUUCCCUCUACUGGCGGUGCUCCAACAUUUCAGAUCAUCCAGACCCAUUCACUAAGCCCUACCAACGCCACUUACAUCUUGGUACCCACAACCCCACAGAAGCAGAUGCCCCAGAUCGUUCCCCUCUCACCCAUAAGUGGUACAGUGGCCCCAGAGCUCCUGGUGGUCAGUCCAGGGGGCUCCUUAUCGGACAGCGUUAACAGAUGCACACCCCCAGAGCCCAUUACCCUCUCAUCACCCACUACAGCCAUUGGUUCAUUGGCUACCCCUGAGCGAGAGGUGACCAGUCCUGGAAGUUCAUUAUCAGACAGAACCACACCUGGAGAAACCAUCUUGUCUCCCACUACAGAAACUAACCCCCGUGAAUCAGCUGAUGUUGCCUUAAAUCCCCCACCUGAGCAUGUGAAAGAGGAACCCUGGUAUGUUGGGAGGUACUUGCAGCAUGUGAAGUCCUGCAUGAGAGAGUCCUGUGGUGAGCUGGAGAAGGACAGGAGCGUGGAGUCCCACUACGUCAACGUCCGUCUACUCCAGAGGACGGUGAUGGUCAAGUCCGGGAAGAACGCCAACAAGUGCCUGGAGAAGGAGAUGGUCAUCCUCAGCGACGCGGAGCAGAAGAAGGCCACGCUGACCAGGAAGCAGGUGUUCGCCGACGGCCAGCUGAGGCAGAAGCAGGUGAUCGCCCUCCUGGGAAAGCCCGGGGCGGGCAAGAGCGCCUUCGUCAAGCGCCUCUGCCUCGACUGGGCCAAGGACCAGCUGCCGCGCUUUCGCUACGUCUUCUCGCUCGACUGCAAGACCUUGAACCUGACGCGGCCCGACUACAGCCUGAAGACGCUGCUCUUUCACCUCCCCACCUCGCCGCGCUGCGAGGACCCCGAGUCCGUGUUCAAACACGUGCUCUCCGCUCCCAAAGAGGUCCUCGUUAUUCUCGACAGCUUCGAGGACUUCAAGGACCACGAGGGGCUCCUGCACUCCCCCGCCACGUGCGCCGAGGCGGGCGGCUACGGCGUCAAGCAGCUGUUCUCGGGCCUCUUCCUGAAGCGCCUGCUGAAGGGAUGCACGCUGCUGAUCGCCGCCAGACCCUGCGGCGGCCUGACGCCGCUGCUGCGCAAAGUGGACAGCAUCCUGGAGCUCUGCGGCUUCUCGCCCGCCGAGAUCGACCUGUACGCCUCGCUCUAUUUCGCGGAGGACGCGCCGCGCGGCGCCAGCUCGCUGACCAAACUGAAGCUCCAGAAGUACAUCUACAGCCUGUGCUCCAACCCCCUGCUGUGCCGGUACGCGUGCUUCCUGCUCGAGCGUUCGGACGGCAACAAACGCUUCGCCUUGCCCUCGACCCUCACGGGCCUGGCGCUGAAAGUGCUCUCGCUCUGCCUCAAACAGACCUCCGAAGCGCAGGGCAGGGAGACCCCAGACAUGGCCCAGCUGUGUGCGCUAGCGUGGGAGUCCCUCAGUGCGCACAGCUCUCUCGUGGCCGACGAGCGGCUGGACUCCGCGGAACUUCGGGACUACGGGCUCGCCAGCGAAAUACUCACCUCGCACACCGUCAGCAGGGCGGACGGAGCGGCCGGCGAGACGACCGGUUAUGCUUUCUCUCACGCCCUCGUCCAGAACCUCCUGGCCUCCCUGCACCUGGUCCUGUCGGACAGCGUGAGCGACAAGGCGCUGGUCAACCAGACCUUGAGCACCAGCCGGAGGAGGAGGCCGCAGGGCGAGUGGCUGGGCAUGAUGCAGCAGUUCACCGCGGGGCUCCUGUUCCAGAACAGCAAGCUCCCCGAGUGUGGCCUCGCGCACUCCACCGCCGCCCCUGGCGGCAGUGCCAAGAAAAAGGCCGUGGAGGCCCACUUGGACUCCCUCAAGUCUGGGGAGAUGGCUCCGGCGAGGCUCCUGGAGCUGUGCCACUGCGUGUACGAAACGGGCAGCAAGAAGCUCGCCAAGCAGCUGGUGAAGAACCUGCCCGACACGCUGAGUCUCUGCGGAGCUCAGCUGACCCCGCCGGACGUCUACGUGCUGUGGUACCUCCUGCAGGACACCAAAGCCCUGAAAAGGCAGUUCUGCCUCGAUCUGCAGGACACAGGCAUCACUCUCAGUGGUCUGAAAGAGCUCGUUGGACUGAACUGUGUCACAUCCUACAGGGCACCCUUGGCAGACACCAUUACCAUGUGGGAAGAGAUAGAGCAGAGUGGGGAGUCGGAUCUACUGAGGGGAGCCAAGAACAAGCUCACCCUUCACCCCUUCAAGGCCACCCAGGAAGAUCACAUCUGCAAUCUGACGGUGCUCAUUCAGUCCUGCAGAGAUCCUGCAUCACUGGAACAUGAUAUACCAGCUAUUAGACAACUCGAGAAGCUUGAUUUUGAGUUGGGUCCCAAUAUUGGCCCUGUGAUCUUCCCAAAGCUUGCUCAGAUCCUGCCCACCCUGGGAAGCCUGGUGCAUUUAGACCUGGAGAAAAACAAGAUCGGCGACGUGGGAGCUGAGCUGCUUGCUGACGUGUUGAAUUCUUUAUUGUCACUGAAAAAGCUGAAUCUGUCUCAGAACUCGAUUGGAGAUAAGGGACUGGAGAAACUUGCAACCGCUCUUGCUGCUACACCUUCUCUUCAAAGUCUCAGUUUGUACAAUAACUUGAUUGCUGAAAAUGGCGCAGAGAGACUUGCUUUGGUCCUUCCAGAGAUGCAGACCCUGACAGACCUUGAUGUUGGCUUCAACAACUUCACUGAUGUUGGAGCACAGAAGCUGAGCAACAGCCUGAAAAGUUGCCCUUGGAUGAAGUCUCUUGGGUUGUGGAACCAUUGCAUACCAUAUGGUAUACUCCAGCAUCUGCAUCAACAGGACAAAAGGAUAAGGAUUCAGCAUUCUUAGAUGACGAUGAGAGGAAAGACGCCCAUUCACGCUGCUAACCCCCCCCCCCCCCCCCCCCAUGCACACUACAGUGCUUAAACCUGACGUCUGGCUCAGACGUGCUCUGUCUGCACUAAGCCUUUUAAGGUCUCUUUUUUUAAUGCACUCUUCUGUCACUUUUUUAUAAUAAAAACAACAGUUACAUCUG